UGUCAAAUUUUUUACUGAUCUGAUUUCAGUAGAUAUUUUUUGAGCCAACGUCAAAUAAUUUGUGCGUGUGUGGUACCUAGCAAUAAUUUGCGCAAAUUAGUUAGUGAUUAGACAUAAUCUGAGGAGGACGUGCGCGGCUCAUCGUCAUCAUGGCUCCAACAAAACAUGAAAAGAAAUUUCUUCUUGAGCUUAUUGGUGUUUAUAGAAGUUUACCACAACUUUGGAACAUUAAAAGUGACUGUUAUAGUGACAGAAAUAAAAAAGAUAUGGCAUAUGAGACUCUUCUACAGAAAUUCCGUGAUUAUUAUCCGGAAGGGACGAAGGAGGAGCUGAAGAAGAAAAUAAACUCACUGCGGACGAGCUUCCGAAAAGAAUUAGAAAAAAUAAAAGACUCAAGCAGAUCUGGAGCAGGAGCAGAUGAAAUUUAUGAGCCGUCACUAAGGUGUUUUGAGGCUCUAUGGUUCCUGAGUGACCAUGAAACACCGGCUCCUUCACGAAGCACAAUACAAUCGACUGAAGAGAUUGACGAUGACCAGGAAGGCACAACCGUACAAGACAGGGUAAAUGAAAGUACGAAUCUACAUCCUGUUCCAGCUCAACCUGCAAAGCGUAAGAAAUUGGCAAAGGUUUCUAAUCGCCAAGACGAACUGUUAGCACUAGCUUGUGAACAUCUUCAGAAACCUGAAAAUGAAUUUCUCACAAUGGCUAAAGCUUGGGCCAAUGAUUUAUUUAAAAUGGAUCCUAAACAACUGCUACUUGCAAAAAAGGGAAUAAACGAUAUUAUCUUCGAAGGACUUUGUGGAAACCUGCAUCGACAGUCUGAGCAGAUACAUCCCAUCCCGCAAGAAACUCGAUGUUGGACACCAAGUAGUGAUACCAGCGAAAUAGCACCUAGUCCCUAUGAGUCCCAUUCCAACCCACCCAUCAGCAGUACGAUGGGUCAUCACAGUGAUUAUAGAGAUGCUGUACCACAUUAAUACCCAAACAUGGCUGCAAGGAACUAUACACCUAUGUCGCACAGUUCGGUGAAAGAUAAUUCGGGUAAUCCUGUAGAUGGAACACUUGAUGCAGGAAGAUAUUUUGGUAACUUUAACCCAAAUGCAUAGGUAUAAUUCAUAUGAAUGAUCCAAAAGACAGUUACACUCUAAUUUACUUAUAUUAGUAAUAAAUGCUUUUUCGCAUUACAUAUUUUUGUCAGAAUGAGGUACAUUUGAACAUAUAUUGCUCGUUUAUGAUUUAUGUAUUUACGUUUAUUUAGUAUAUUCUUCUGAAUCUUUUCAUUUUGUUAAAAUUCAUCUCGUACAAGGAUAUGUUUAUAUAAAAUUUCAUUUCAUUAUGGUUAUUCAUAAUUUAGUUCACUAAUAAAAAUGUAUUGGAACAAUCAGCAUCUUCUUACCUUUAUGUAAGACUGCAAACAUGUGUUGAUGGCGUUGCACGUAUCUAUAACGAUACCACCAAUGGCUUGAGAAGAAAUGGCACUCAGGAAUUUCAGGUCUUCGAAUGUGUUUCCAGUAGCCAAGAAACGGAGAGUUAUUGAGUCUUUCAAAUGGUGAUAUCGCACAACGCAUAACUGUGUUUUCUUUGGUUAUAUAUGGUCUCACAAGAUGUAAUAGUUUGUCAAAUGAUUCUCCGUCCAUGCGAAGAAAGUUCUUGAAAACAUCAGGUUCACUCAUUCUCAGUUCAUUUAAUAAAGGAGCAUGACCAAAUCGUUCACGACACAAAUACCAUUGCUGGGCCCACUUUCGUUUCUGUGUGCUCUUCAACGCUAAGCCAAGAAGAGCCAACGCUGUAUAUGCAUCCAUGAUGAGAAGUUUGAGCGUGUAGGGCGAACGUCAAACCGUCAAAUAAUUUUACAUAAAAAAAUUUGACCAAAAAUUUGAGCGUGUGUGAGCCGCUAAAGACUAUAGUCUUUGGUUGUGGACGAGUGUGGCAGUGUAGCCAGUCCCUUAUUUUGUUUUUUCGCUCUGAGUAUGGGAGCGCUGCCCUGAAUCUUUCGUCUGCAUUUUGGUAACACUAGCAACACAUGUAAGAAGAAUCAUGAAUGCUCUCGUGUGAGAAGGACGCAACCGGUCCAGCCUUCAAAUUGGCUAUUUUACCAAUUAUUAAUACAAAUGAUUAUCUACCCCUUGCAAGUCGUAAUAUUACCAUUAGUUCAUUAGUUAGAACAGGUCACUAUCCUGGAAGAACAGUAGCAGAAGAGAAAUUCAAGUGCAGAGUUGCCUGCCCAGUCAAACGUUGCAGUGCCUUCACGAGGAAAAUUUUCAUUGUCGUGAAAGAUGCUUCACGUUCAUUAGUUAUCAUGAAAUUUUGCUGUUAGUUUGAUUUGUAACUUAGCGUUUGACAGGGUUGUAAAACGUUAAAAAAGUAGUUAUAAGAGUUUUGUUUGUAUACAGUUUUUUUGCUAAUACCAGUGCCAAAGGGUACCACAACAUGACCGUCCUACCCCUCUCAUGGAAAUUUCCACUGCCGAUCAUGAUCUUAGACUAGACUAUACAGUAAUUUAAGAAGGCCUACCCUAGACUAACUAAUCCUGUUUGAAUGAGGAAUUAUGACUAUUUUUGAUAAAUAUAGUUAGGCUAUGUAUAUAAAUUCGUGGAAAACUUAAUUACAUAGAACUUAGCCUGUACCCUCAUUAAACUAACCUAACUUUGUGGCCUAUUGUAACCUAGUCAAAAAUCAGCCAUGUAAACUGUGCAUAGGCUAUCCUUAACGAUUUCUGAAGAGGCCUAGGCUAGACUACUAUAUCCUGUUAAAAGGCACCUUAGCCUAAUUUUACCUCAUUUUAGUUUUAAGUUUUUCUCAGAAAUCUUUCAGGUAACCUUAUCCAUUGACAUAUAUUGUGUACAAGUAUUUAGUACUGUGUGGAGUAGGGUAUCAAAUGGUUUACACCUUGUUGUAAAUUAAUUGAUUCCAUGUUUGAUACUUAUCCUGUUAUGAAGGAAAAGCAAUUCCCGUGAUCUGUAGUUGAUAUAUUUUUUUGAAGUCUCAGUAUAAAGUGUUAUUUUUUUGUUAUAGUUUUAAACUACUCAUUUGUAUUGUUUUCUGGAAAUAAAAAUUAAAUAAAAUUAAUAUUUCCAGGGAUCUAGUCCAGGAGUUCUGAAGACUAGGUAAAUUAAUCAAGUCCCGGAGACUAGGCCUGGGAGAAAUUUAGCAUGAUGUACUGAGUAAUAAAGAA